UGUUGCUGGAGCCUCAUGUAAGUGACAGUUGAGAAAAGGCGGGAAAGCCCAAAAAAGGGCGGAGCCACAGAUUGGGAAGCUUUUGGGGCGCAGAGUGAAAUUAGCCACCCAAGGUCAUGGAGGAAAAUAAUCUGGGUGAGAAUGUGGAUCCCUGGGAUUUUGCAUCAAAAAUGGAAGAGAUACUGUCACUUGUGAAACAAAUGCAGAAUGUGGGAAAUCUGGAGCCAAGAAUUGAAGAACUAGUAAAAAGGAUAAACAAACUGCAGCAAGCCAAGAAGCUAUUAAGUAAGGAGCUUUCUGAGGCAAAUGAGCAUAGCGAGACACUACAGAAGGAACUGGAAAAAUUGAAUGCUGAGAAGUUAACCCUUGAGGAGACAUGGAAUGAAAAGAAAGAGACUCUGAGGGUCAUGCAGUUGCACUGUGAAGAGGCAGAAGCCAAGAUGCAGAGGCAGCAGCAGCUGAACCAAGAAUGUAAGCAGCGAAUUGAGGCAAUCACAGCCCAGAUCCAGGAGGAGAAACUGAAGCAAAGUGAGCAGAGAAUGGAAUUUGAGCAGCUGCUUGAUGAGCUGAUGGAGAAGCACAAGAGUCUCUGGGAGCUUUAUGCCAGGGAGAAGCAAGUUGCUGAGAUGAAGGACAGUAAGGAGCGUUUGCUGAGUGAAGGUUCAUGUGAGCUGAAGUCUUCCUUUUGGCACCAAGAAAAAUUCUCAUCCCUGUGGAGUGCUUCACAAUCAAUUCUGGUUAGCCAUGUAUUCAUAAAUUGCUAUUGAUCAGAAUUGAAAUUGAAUACUUAUGCCUGUGUAAGUGCAGUGGAGCAGCAAACAGCUUCUGAUUAACAAGCCCUAUUGAAUUUCUACUAGUGUGCCAGUUUAAUGACUAUAUGUGACUAAGAUUUUGAUUGGGAAUUUGUUAAUUAGCAGCUAUUCUCCACUGCAAGUUAUCGCAUUGCACUUGCACAGGCAUAGAUAGACAGUUGGGUUCUGGCCAUUAUCUUUGUUAAUAAAGUACACUGAGUAAAACUCAUUACUGUAUUAAGUUCUUAAUGUUUCUUCUCACUGUCACUUACUAAAAGAAACUACAGAUCUAGGAUUUCGAUCCAGCAUGAAAUCUGAGAUUCUGUUCAAGGCCUCACAUAAUUGCUUUCUACACUUAAAAAAACAUGAAUUCUGGCUUUAGUUAAGCUUAUGUAUUUAUUUCUUAGAUUUGUACACCACUUCAUUAGUGUAAAGCACUGUUCUAAGCAGUUUACCGCAAGAUAAUAAAAUAUAACAACAAUGAAAUUAAAUAAAACCAAUCUUAUCUGCAUAGGAUUUUAUUUGAAACCUGUCCCUGCCUGUGUGUGCUAGUUAUAUCACUUGCAGGGCUAUAAAAUGUGAGAUGGGCUGGCUCCAGAAAGAAACCCACCGGCUUCAGUUUACAAGAGCUGAGCAGGGCUGCUGAAGACAGAAUGUUCUGGAGAUUGCUCAAUUCAUAGGGCUGCCAUGAGUUGGGGGGCCAACUUGAGAGCACAUAGCAGCAGCAGUAAAACCUCUUGAACUGGAGGGAAUGAUGGGACAGAAAGAUGAACAUACAAGUCAUUGACAAUGUUAAAUCUGUCAGCUGCAUAUUAAAAUAAAAAGACAUCAAACAUCUAAUCUGCAAAUACUUAAGCUUGUAAGAUAAAUUCAUAAAAAUCUACUCUUCCCUACCCCAAAAGGUUGGAAAAAAUUAAUCUGAAGUUUAAAUUUCAGUAGUGUAUAUUGAAUACUAAACUAAAUGUUUUUUUUGUGUGUGAAAUAAGUUACUCUAGCUCCUAUGAAGGGCUGCUACAUAAUAGCCCCUGUACAUAUUUGUAAUCCAGUUAUAAGGUACUAUGUCGCUUUAACAAAGAAAAUACACUAGAAUGCAUCUUUAAUAAAGGAAAAUACAUGGGGAAAAAUAAAACUGGUCAAAAGCAUAGAAGAAUACAAAACAUAAUAAAGAGCCACAAGGUUUCGCCUCUUUAAAAAAAGUACGUACUUAUCCACGAGGUUUCGCCUCUUUAAAAAAAGUACGUACAUUUACAACAUUGAGUCAUAUUCUGGCCCCAUAAUGGUCUCUGACAAUUUACAAUGUUAAAACCUUUUGUGAAAUCCUUUUGCCCCCUUUGGGACCAUGAAUUAUCUAGCUCUCCUUGAAAUAGUUUGAAGAGACACUUCCAACUGUCAAAAAUAUGCAGGAUGUGGGCAUUGUACUUCACAGCUUGGUCCGUGAGGGUGGCCACCUCUCGUUUUUUUAACAUGAAGGGCAGCCUUCCCUUUGAAAAGCUGUCACAGCUCUUUUCUCUUUGCAAGCUUCUCCAGCCAAGACAGAUGUUAAGAAAAACCACCAACACGGAGACAGAUCAGGAGCCUGGAAGUUACCCAUUCCCAGUCAUCCUCUGGCCAAGGAGACUCAAGAGGUCUCCUGCUCUGCCUUCUCAACUCCAACCAGCCCAACUACAAUUCAGUUAAGCUAUGGCAAUCAUUUCUAGUGUUGCAUCUUGUACCCUCUUAUCUGCAGGAUCAGGAUUCAAUGAUUCAUUUACCUAUACAGUAGUCUGAAAAUAUUAAAAGAAAAAUCCUAAAAAUAUACUAUAUUUCUAAAGAAGUUGUUACCAGAACUGGCCAC